AUGGCUUGCAUGCUACCUUACGUAUGCAAAAGAAUAAGGGUUUUCAAAUGUUGGGGCGCCGUUGUGACUGGGGUGGGCUUCUUCAUGAUCGUAAUCUGCAUCCUGCUCUGCGUCCAUUCCUAUCUCGUCAGUGCCCAUCAAACCAGAGUUGAGAGGGAAAUUAAUGCUAUGCAGACAAACAUGAGAAGACUACGGAGACAUCGAGAUCAGCAACAGCAGCAGCAGAAAACCGGCCGACUACCACCACCACCCAAGUACAAAACUUUGAACAGCAGCAACCACACCAGCAACAACAAUUUCAACAACCACAACAACAACAGCUUCACUAACGACGACCAAGACGAGGGCGACAGUCCAUUCCUAGAGAUCACCCGCAACAACAACAAUGACGACGACAACAACAAUACCAACAACGACUCAAGUAAUAAACUUUCACCGUUCAAACACGAUAGAACAAAAUAUCCGAGAUUCGGCAAUGUAUCGAUCGAUAUAUCUUCCCCGCACAUCCCUGGACCCCCGGUGUGUAUGGAUACAAAAUUCAGCCAAUCAAAACAUUCCGCAGAUGUCAUAAUUAACGUUCCAACAGCCAAUCAGAUCAAUAGUUCAUCUGUUACUAAAAAUAUUAGCCAGUCCCCGGCUGAGUUAUUGUUCAACGAGGGAUGCACCAAACUGUCGAUAACGAGAAAUUUUGGAACAUCUACCAUCACCGUCACUCCGCUCUUGCACCGAAAUUAUCUCGAAGUAAUCAUUUCAUUUUACAAAAUUAUAUCAAUUAAGAAUGUGAUUCAGCCAUUCACUAACGAGUUCAGAUUGUUAAUAUGGAAGUAUCAGCAGCAGAUACGAAAGAUGUUCCUUCUGCCCGAACAAUUCAUCGCUACGCAAUCAUUCUCAAGCUCUAUAUUAACCCCCGAAUGCAUUUUUAUGGAUGAAAUAAUAGCCCCGCUCUCGUGCAAAAACAACUAUAGCGGGCACAUCAGUCCAACAUCACCACUACCAACGACAACAACAACAACAACAACAACAACGACAUUUCAAAAAGCAUUAACCACCUUAACACCGCCAAUAAAAAUUCUGCCAAUGAACUGCGUCACAACUGCCAACAACAACAGCAUCAGAGAAAACAGGGAUGUACCGAUUUCAAGCUCAUCUCUAUCCCACCCGAUCCGGAUAUCCGACGAUUUGACCGACUCGAAUAUUAACAACAUACUCGAUAUGACCGACUCCAAAGCCACAGUCUACGAAAACGUCCAGUAUUAUAAUAUGUAA